AUGUCUCGGUCUCGCCAUGCUCGGCCUUCCAGAUUAGUCAGAAAGGAAGAUCUAAACCAAAAGAAAAACAGCCAACUGAAGAAGACAUCCAAGCCAGCCAACAAAAAUGUGGCAUUGGUCAAGACUGUGAGCCCUGGAAAAUUAAAGCAAUUAAUUCAAGAAAGAGAUGUUAAGAAAAACACAGAACCCAAACCAUCUAUGCCAGUCAGAAGCCUUCUGACAAGAGCUGGAGCUGCACGCAUGAAUUUGGAUAGGACUGAGGUUCUUUUUCAGAACCCGGAGUCCUUAACUUGCAAUGGGUUUACAAUGGCUCUGAGAAGCACCUCUCUUAGCAGACGACUCUCCCAACCCCCUUUGGUCAUAGCCAAACCUAAGAAAGUUUCAACUUCUAAGAGUUUAGAAAAGCAACAUGAGUGUGAUUGUAAGGUACUCACUGACAUGGGAAUAAAGCACUCAGAAAAUGGUUCAGUCCCAAUGCAGGACCCCCUAAUCCCUCCUAAUAUAGAGAAUCUAACUGGUAUACAAAAUGCAUCUUUAAUUAAAGGUGAGAGCCAAAAGACAAUGCAGUCUUGGUCCCAAAGGGUUGAAGAUUCCAAAAUAAAUGUCCCCACUCACAGCUCCCCUGCAACAGAGAUCCUUUCUGGGCCACUGGAAGGGGUGAGUUGUAGUGAAGGACUAUUCUCUGAAGAGACAUUGAGUGAUACCAGUGAUUCCCCUAGAGUGUUUGCUCGGGACACUGCGUGUGCUCCUUUGCCCCAAAGAGCAGCCCCCAUAGUUACCUCUCAAAGAAACCCUAACAUUCAGUUGGAAGACUUGGGUUCACAAGUAGAAUCUCUUAAGCUAUCUGAUCCCAUCAAAAGUGAACGUGAUUGCUGCCCCACCUCCAGUUCUAAUAAGGUUAUCCCUGAACUGGGCCUUAGAAACUGCUUGUCUAUUGGUGGAUCUGUACACCCCACCUCGCUAAUAAAACUCCUCUUGGUGGGGUCACAACCAGAAGCCCUUGGUGCUAAACUAGAUCAUCAAGAAGCCCUCAAAGCUCCCCCAGUUCAACAGGAAGUUCCUGAUACCACCUCUGUCCUAGGUGCUAUCCCGCAUCAGUGGAAAUUUCCUGGUGCUAACCCAGUCCAUGGUGAGGCCCUGGGUGAGAUCCCAGACCCACCAGAGGUUCCCGGUGCUACUCCAGUCCAAGGAGAGGUUUUUGGUACUAUCCUAGAACAAGAAACUCUUGGUGGGGGUGGAAGUGCUGUCCCAGACCUUCCUGUCUUCCUUCCUGUUCCUCCAAACCCAGUUGCUACCUAUAAUUCUCUCCCCAAAUGGCCUGAGCCCCAGAGAACUGCCUCACAUGGGCUUGAGGUCCAGGGUGCUAUGCAGAUUUUGCCUUUGUGCUCAGGACACACUCCUCGAUUGUCAUCAAACUCAGAGAUAAGUUCGGUACCUCCAGGAAUGGCUGCAAGCAAUGUAGAAAAUGAAAAGCAGGUUCAUGUAAGCUUUCCAUCACCUACCACUCAGGGGUUCCAAUUAGCUCCUGAGAGAAGACUCUGCCAGGCUUCACCCAGUGUUGCUCACCUCUCCCAGGCUGGUCCUAGCAAGUUGAAAAGAGGGAGUUCUCAGGCCAGCAUGACCAGCAUCCCCACAGUGGUAUCUAUGACAGGGGCACUUGUCAAUACCUCCCCUUCUCCUUCCUAUACAACUUUGCUACCUACUUUGGAAAAGAAGAAACGGAAGCGAUGUGGGGUCUGUGAGCCCUGCCAGCAGAAGACCAACUGUGGUGAAUGUACCUACUGCAAGAACAGAAAGAACAGCCAUCAGAUCUGUAAGAAGAGGAAAUGUGAGGAGCUGAAAAAGAAACCAUCCGUCAUUGUGCCUUUGGAGGUUAUAAAAGAAAACAAGAGGCCCCAGAGGGAAAAGAAGCCCAAAGUUUUAAAGGCAGAUUUUGACAACAAACCAGUAAAUGGCCCCAAGUCAGAAUCCAUGGAAUAUAGUAGAUGUGGUCAUGGGGAAGAACAAAGAUUGGAAUUGAACCCACAUCCCCUUGAAAAUGUAACUAAAAAUGAAGAAAGCAUGACAGGAAUUGAGGCAGAGAAGUGGACGCAAAAUAAGAAAUCACAUUUAACUGAUCAUGUCAAAGGCGAUUUCAGUGCAAGUGUGGCAGAAGCUGAAAAAUCGAAAAACGCUGAAAUUGACAAGAAACAAAUCAAACCUCCAAAAUUGUUUGCACAAACUAUCAGAAAUGGCAUUAAAAAUGUACACUAUUUCCCAACAGAAACAAAUGUAUCAUUUAAAAAAAUCCAUAUUGAAGAAUUUGGCAAGGCAUUUGAAAACAACUCCUAUAAAUUCCUGAAAGACACUAUAAACCAUAACAAUGCCAUGAGCUCCAUUGCUACUAGUGCAAGUUGUGAUCAUCUCAAGGGGAGAAGUAAUGUCUUAGUCUUCCAGAAGCCUGGCUUUAACUGCAAAUCUAUACCAGAUUCUGCAAACUGCAGCGUAAAUAGUCAUACUAACAUACACAAUGAACGUGAUCAACCAAAAACUCCUGAGAAUAUACCAACUAAAGAACCAAAAGAUGGAUCUCCAGUUCAACCAAGUCUUUUAUCCCUAAUGAAAGAUAGGAGAUUAACACUGGAGCAAGUGGUAGCCAUCGAGGCCCUGACGCAACUCUCAGAAGCCCCAUCAGAGAAUUCUUCACCAUCGAAGUCAGAGAAAGACAAGGAAACAGAUCAGAGAACAGCUAGUUUACUUAACAGUUGUAAAGCUAUCCUCUACUCUGUAAGAAAAGACCUCCAAGACCCAAACUUACAAGGGGAGGCACAAAGCCUUCAUCACUGUCCCUCUUUGGAAAAGCAAAACUCAUGCAGCAUGGUAGUGUUCAAUGGCCAAAAUACCCUUUCCAAGUCACAUAUCUGCUCAGUUACUAACAAAGCAUCCACAAAGUCAAAUGAAUAUUCAGAAGCCACAAAUUCAGUAUCUCCUGUUAUACCCAAAUCAGAUUCAUCUAACGUUGACACCAAUACAAAUGUUGCUCAAGGUAGAACUAUUCUGGACAGUUGUUCAAACAAUUUGCAUCAGCUGCCACCAAAAAGUCCUAAAUUGGAGUAUUGUAACCAGUUACUGGACAGCAGUAAAAGGUUGGACUCAAACGAUCCACCAUGUCAGGAUGUAGCACAUACUCAAAUUGAGGAGGAUGUUGCAACACAGUUAACACAACUUGCAUCAAUAAUUAAAUUAAAUUACAUAAAACCAGAAGACAAAAAAAUUGAAAGUACACCAACAAGCCUUGCUGCACAUAAUGUACCGCAAAAACAUAGUCAAGAGAAGGACGUAAUACCACAGAAACCACCAUCAAGUGUGCAAAGCAACCAUGACCCAUCACUAACAAAGCAAAAGAAUACAACCCAGAAAAAGACAAAAUCCACUCCAUCAAGAGAUCGGCGGAAAAAGAAGCCCACAGUUGUAAGUUCUCCAGAAAAUGAUCAGAAGAAGCAGGAAGAGUUGUCAUAUGAGUACAGUAAGUUCCAUGACAUUUGGAUAGCAUCCAAAUUUCAAAGAUUUGGUCAAUUUGUUCCACAUGAUUUUCCUAUUCUAUUGGGAAAGAUUCCACCCCUAACCAAAUGGAAAGCAUUGGUUCCAACAACUUCAACAUUAAAACACAAAAAAUUAUUUCCUCCACUUACUCAGAUAAAAUUUGAGAGAUAUCCUGAAUUAGCACAGGAAAAAAAGAUAAAGGCUGAACCAUUGGAUUCUCUCCCUUUAUCUCACUUUCAAACAGAAUCCAACGGGCAGGUGUUUACAGAUCAAGCUUAUAAUUCUCAGGUACAGUCAACAGUGAAUGUCAAUCAGAAAGCUCGUCCCUUGCCCCAGCCCUCCUCUCCACCUAACCAGUGUGCUAAUGUGAUGGCUGCCAAUGACCAAAAACAGUUUCAGCAGGAUGUUAAAAAAGAACAACCUGUGCAUCAGCACCUGCCAACAUUGCCUGGUAUCUCUCAGGAGACACCAUUACCGGACCCAGCACAAAUUCUCAGGAAUGUAAAUGUAGUAUGUUCAGGUGGAAUUACAGUGGUUUCUACCAAAAGUGAAGAGGAAGUCUGUUCAUCUAGUGUUGGAGCAUCAGAAUUUUCCUCAGGAGACAGUGCACAGAAAAGUUUUAAUGAUUAUGCCAUGAACUUCUUCACUAACCCUACGAAAAACCUGGUGUCUGUAACGAAGGAAUCUGAACUGCCAAACUGCGACUGCUUUGAUGGAGCUACACAAAAAGACAAAGGCCCAUAUUAUACACACCUUGGGGCAGGACCAAGUGUUGCUGCUGUCAGGGAAAUCAUGGAGAAUAGGUAUGGUCAAAAAGGAAAAGCAAUAAGGAUAGAAAAAAUAGUGUACACGGGAAAAGAAGGAAAAAGCUCUCAAGGGUGUCCAGUAGCUAAGUGGAUUUUAAGAAGAAGCAGCGAAGAAGAAAAGGUUCUCUGUUUGGUCCGGGAGCGUCCAGGCCACCGCUGUCCCUCAGCUGUGAUCGUGGUGCUCAUCAUGGUGUGGGAAGGCAUUCCUCUCCCGAUGGCAGACAGACUGUACACGGAGCUUACCGAGAAUCUAAAGUCGUACAAUGGUCAUCCCACUGACCGAAGAUGCACCCUCAAUGAAAAUCGUACGUGUACAUGUCAAGGAAUUGAUCCAGAGACUUGUGGAGCUUCUUUCUCUUUUGGCUGUUCAUGGAGUAUGUAUUUUAAUGGAUGCAAAUUUGGUAGAAGCCCAAGCCCCAGAAGAUUUAGAAUUGAUCCAAGCUCUCCCUUACACGAAAAAAAUCUUGAAGAUAAUUUACAGAGUUUGGCUACACAAUUAGCUCCAAUUUACAGGAAAUAUGCUCCAGUUGCUUACCAAAAUCAGGUGGAAUAUGAACAUGUUGCCCGAGAAUGUCGGCUUGGCAGCAAGGAAGGGCGUCCUUUCUCUGGAGUCACUGCUUGCCUAGACUUCUGUGCCCAUCCCCACAGGGACAUUCACAACAUGAACAACGGAAGCACUGUGGUUUGUACUUUAACACGAGAAGAUAACCGCUCAUUGGGUGUUAUUCCUGAAGAUGAGCAGCUCCAUGUGCUCCCCCUGUAUAAACUUUCAGGAACAGAUGAGUUUGGCUCAAAGGAAGGAAUGGAAGCCAAGAUCCAGUCUGGGGCCAUCCAGGUACUCAAACCCUUGCGCAAAAAAAGAACACGUUUUACUCAACCUGUUCCUCGUUCUGGGAAGAAGAGGGCUGCGAUGAUGACAGAGGUUCUUGCACACAAGAUAAGGGCAGUGGAGAAGAAACUCAUUCCUCGGGUCAAGCGGAAGAACAGCUCUCCAUCAAGCAACGGUAAGGCCUCCCCCCUGCCCUGUUUAGGGAAUAAAACUGAGAUGGUGCAACCUGAAAUAAAAAGUGAAACUGAACCCCAUUUUAUCUUCAAAGGUUCAGACAACACUAAAACCUAUUCUCUGACCCCAUCCAUUCCUCACCCAGUGAAAGAGGCAAACCUUUCUCCAGGCUUCUCCUGGUCCCAGAAGACGGCUUCAGCCACAACUGCUCCACUUCAGAACGGCACAACGGUCCUAUGCAGGUUUUCAGAAAGAGGUAGCAUUCCCCACUGCACAAUGCCUUCUGGAAGACACAGUGGUGCUCACGCAGCUGCUGGGGAAUGCGCUGGAAUUGCACAGCCUUUUGAAGUGGCUCCUCUUCCCACCCUGUCUACUCCCAUGACAGAUUCCCUGGUUUAUUCUGAGCCUCCCACUGGUCCAACUGAGCAGCUAACUUCUAAUCAGCCUAACCAGCAGCCCCCAUUCCUCACCUCUUUUCAUGAACUUGCUUCCUUUCUAGUGGAAGAAGACGAGCAGCAUUCUGAAGCAGAUGAGCCUCUAUCAGAUGACCCCAUAUCAGACAACCUCCUGACACCUUCUAAGAAGGAUUUGCCCCACAUUAUUUGCUAUUAUUCAGACAGUGAGCACAUCUUCUCGGAUGGCAAUAUUGGUGGGGUGGCCAUAGCGCCCACUCAUGGCUCGGUUUUGAUUGAGUGUGCCCGGCGAGAGCUGCAUGCUACCACUCCUGUCAAGCAACCAAACCGGAAUCAUCCCACUCGCCUCUCCCUUGUAUUUUACCAGCACAAAAAUCUGAAUAAGCCCCAACACGGUUUUGAACUAAACAAGAUUAAGUUUGAGGCUAAAGAAGCUAAGAAUAAGAAAAUGAAGGCCUCAGAGCAAAAAGACCAGGCAGCUAAUGAGAGUGCUGAACUAUCCCUUGAAAUAAAUGAAUUGAACCUAAUUCCUUCUCAUAAAGCAUUAACAUUAACCCAUGACAAUGUUGUCACUGUGUCCCCUUAUGCUCUCACACAGGUUGCGGGGCCCUAUAACCAUUGGGUCUGA